AUAAAUACAGACACUUGCUCUCCUCUGUUUCUACUUUACAUUACUCUCUUCUUCUCUAAUUUAGUGUUAAUAAUUCAAUCUUAUGAGAGUUUAUUAAGUUUUAACUCAUUCUUAACUUCUUCUGCCUCCGGGGUAUUUUUUCAGAUUACCUUUUAGGACAUUCUAACUCUGUUCCCCUGUUUUUUCCUCUGUUCUGACUCUGUUUUAUUCUACUUCCCCUGUUUUUACCCUGCUUUCUUGGUAUUUUACUUAGGCGUUUUGGUUUCUGUUUGUAUCGAUAACUUUUGAUUUUGAGUUGGAUAGAUUAUAAGAUUUUGUGAGUUUUAUUACAAAAGGAAAUUGGUGGGUGUUUCCGCUUCAAGAAAAUCAUUGAGUUUUUGGAAGAAAAUGAUUUUGUUGUCCCAAGAGUGCAUACCAUUGAAGUGUUUUGCAAUUCUUGAAAAGAAGUUCUGUGUUGACAAAAGCUUUUAUUUUUGGAUAUUUAAUAGGUAUAGCCUGGGCACUUAGUAAAAAAACUCAAAACUUCUUUAGAUAGUUUUCUCUGUUCUUGUUCUUGUUUUCGUUACUAGAUUUUUUAAAAUAUUUUUUAGCAAAGUAUAUAUAAUGGGAGGUGCUUCAUUGCCACCGGGAUUCCGUUUCCAUCCAACUGAUGAAGAGUUGGUUGGGUACUACCUAAAGAGGAAAGUCGAGGGUCUCGAAAUUGAACUUGAAGUAAUUCCUGUUAUUGAUCUUUACAAGUUUGAGCCCUGGGAGUUGCCAGAAAAAUCAUUUCUUCCGAUGCGCGAUAUGGAGUGGUUUUUCUUCUGUCCUCGUGAUCGUAAAUACCCAAACGGUUCAAGAACAAAUCGAGCUACAAGGUCAGGAUACUGGAAGGCCACCGGAAAAGACAGGAAAAUAGUAUGUCAAUCAUCUGCAAUUGGAUACCGAAAAACACUAGUUUUUUACCGCGGAAGAGCUCCAGCAGGUGACAGAACAGAUUGGGUGAUGCACGAGUAUCGUCUUUCAGAUGAUGUUUCUCAAGAUUCCUCAAGCUCUCAGGGACCUUUUGCCCUCUGUCGCAUAAUAAAAAAGAAUGAGCAAGGAAUAAAGAACGGUGACUAUUCUGGAGACUUGAAGGCUAAACAAGUAGGGUGCAGCUCAAGCAAUGGCGCCUCUAUGUCAAAUCAAGCUUCUGGUGACCUCGUGGUCAUCCCCGAUGACAUGCCAGUUCAAGCAAGUCCUCUUGGCACUCCUUAUAGAACAAGCACCAUGGUGGAGAGUGAAUCAGUUCAAGUGCAAGCUAACCCUUCAAGCCUAUGGCAUUCACCAAACUUCAUAUUUGAUUCCUCCCUGGAGUACUCACAAGGCCAAGAAGGUCUGUCUGAAUGCUUCCCACAGAAUGAAGUUUCGAAUACAAUGACCCCAUGGGAUACAUUUAAUCAAUUUGAGAUAUCUCCUAGUUCAUCUUACUCAAAUUUUACAGAGAAGGUUGAACUAGCUGAUGAUCUUACUCAAUUUGGCUGCAUGUCGCCUUAUUCAGGACACAUAGAUUACGCGACUUACUUUGGAAACGGGAGCAUGCCACCACCUGAAGCUUAUGACUGGUCAAUGUACUAAAUCCAACCAGCUUCUAAACAUAAGAGACCAAGCUGGAUACCUCUACUUUUUUCAGAAAGUGUCGGCUUUUACCUCUUGAUAUUUCAUAUUUGUUCUCCGAAACCGCCUUUUAUCAUGGUUUUCUGAGUGGGAUAUUACUACUUUACGAGCGUCUUAGUGUUGAUCCAGUAGCUAAGGCUUCAAGUCUUCAAUCUCUACGUUCCUUUAUAUCACAAUUUCUUUCUUGUGUACCUGUAUCGAUCAUGCUGGAAGUUGGUUUGGUUCAAUGUUCAGGACUACCAUUGUAUUCUACCUGAACUGGCUUUUUUAGAAGCCCCUCUGCAGACUGCAGCUACAUCUAUGUAUUAAAGUUUGCUUAUAUCUGAGAGCAUUUUCAAUUUAAAUACAUAUAUAUUUUUUAA